AGCCUUCCGGCACUGAAGCAUGUACAUACCAAGCUCGCCAACAAGAAGUCGCAUCCGCUGGAGCAUCUGGGAAUCACGCUUGGCCUGCCUAUGAUCAUACUAUUUGAUCUAGUCGUCCCUUGCAUCAUCUACUACACCUGGUACGACUCGCACAAACCGCAAUGGGAGAGGGAGUGCGCGCCUUUCCACACCCGUGGAGAAGUCUGUCCUGUGCGCCGCCCGGAGUUCGACAAAAGCAUCCUCGGAUCGGCCAUAGCGUCGUUUGGCGUUGGAGAGCUCUGGAUCUUGGUUGCCAGGGUGUGGCGGCUUAUCUAUCGCCGGGACCAGUGCGCGCCGCUGUUGUCGAGGAACAAAUGGGAGCUGGAUGCCACGUCUUGGGUUUACGGGGUGGCCUUGAUCGUGGCCUUGAUCCCCUUCAUCGUGGGCAGCUCGCUGGUCAUUCCCAAACUCUACCUCUACUCCCCUUCAUUCAUCAUGGGCUUCCUGGGGCUUCUCAUGGUGUUCACGACGCUACAUCCGUUCAACUUCAAGCUUCCCAUCGGUAUCAACUCCCAGCCUCGAGGCACGGAGCUUCGACCCUUCAUCUACUACGCGGCCGAAGACUUCAUGGCGGUGGACGGGCUGCAAGACCGCGAGUUCCGCAUUCGCUUCAACGAACGGUAUGAGGCGAGCGCGCAGUUUCGACGCAUGUUUGUGCAUCUGACGCUGUGGUGGGAGUUGGGCGUCUGCGUUUAUAUCGGGUGUGUGUCGGCGGUCAUUUGGACGCUCGACUUCCACUAUGCGUUUGGACUCAGCCUUGGAGUGCUGUUCACUUACAUUGCCGUCUGGGCGGGAGGUUCGACAAUG